GAACUAGAUCUAUGAUACGGUGGUAGCUGUGACGCUAAUCUUGAUUACGCUCUUUUGCUACGGCUUCUGAUGUUUUUAGGAAGUCUUCGGCAGUGCUUAUAAGGAAAAUAACUGCCCUUCUCAAAAAAAUUUCUAGAUCUCCUUCUCAUCGUUCAUCAAAAUCCUCUUUUAUCAAAGACUCCCUUCAUCAAAAACUUCAUCUAUCAAGAACUUUAUCUUACAUAAAAAACAUUCAGAUGAAUCUAUUAAACUCAAUAUCUAGCCAUUUCGACCUUCCAUCAAGACCAAAGAUGUCUACGAAAGAUCAUUUUGAGAAGCAUAAUACUCAGAAAGAGCAGCUCCGCGCAUCUACCGAAUAUCCGGAUCUCACUCCCCAGGAUGCUCUUCAGAAACGAGUUCUUGCUCGUUGGAUCCAUAAACAAUGGUUCAUGAAAGACGGAAUGCGCCACAUCAUUUGCAGAGAUAUUGAAUAUCACCAUUAUAAAGCCCAACCUCGCCUUUGGAAAAACGUUUUGCGUUGGAGGUCAACAACCGAUGUUCAGAAUUAUGUAGAUUACUGGGAAUAUCCGGUUUCUCUAAAAGACGUAGAUCGUGUAUCUAAGGAGGCACGUGUGGCUCGCGAACAAAUUGGAAUUCAUCCAAGUGAGGGAGGUUGGAAUCUACCGAGAUCUCACCCUAGACACUUGCUCAACUUUCCGCAGGAGAUUCUGGACAAGAUUAUUGGUCAUAAUCUCAUUGUCGGCGAGGACAUGGGCUCUUUAGCUCCUAGACCGAUGACCAGUAACAAAAACAGCGACUACCAAGAAGCCUACUACCAAAUCGCUCGUCCUCCUUACCCUGGACCCGUCACCCAAGAGCUUCCAUGUAAUGGAUACCGCGUGUAUGCCUUUGCUGAAAAAUACCGUCCAUCCAUUGGAAUGUCUGGAGACACCUUUUUCGAGAGAGGAACGCAAGCCAUCCAGAAAUCUGAAUUGAGCGAUGAAGUCGGGUCUUACAUUCAGAUGCGAAAUAUCUUACGUCCAAUGAUUGACGCAAGCUGUCUCAGAGCAUGUAAAGCCUUUCACGGUUAUGGUACCGAGAUGCUGUACAGACAUAACAAUUUUACGUUUGUCAUUCCAACUUAUAGGUACCCAAGAACAUUUAUGAUGUACGAUCAGGAUGGACCUCGCUCAAGCUCUACCACCCCCAAGCCAGAUAGGCACAUAGACACCGUUGGGGCAUUACAGCCAUACAGAGAAUGGUUAGCCGAAGUUAAAAACGUGGUGUCUCAAGUAAAACAAUCUGUCAGCGACAAAGACCUAGCAGGUUGGGCUUACCAAGAUCCUUUCAUUCGAUUCCUCUACGCUAUUGGCCCGGAAAAUGCGAAGCUCAUCAAAACUCUCCAGUUUUCUGGUACCUUGAAAAGUCAUCACUGCGGCCCAGAAAAUACUCGUCAUAGAAAUUGUGGUGAGGGAUUCAUGUUGAACUUCCUCAUCUAUCUACAAUUCAUCCGUGAGCUUUGUCCGCGCUUAGAAAAGCUUGUCUUGAACAUCGCUCCGGAUGUUCAUCGUCGUUACGACAAAAACGAAGCAAUGAGAUGGUCUAGCUUCCGGCAAACCAUUACUCCGCUCCUGGAAACUCAUCUUAGAAAGUUAGAGACGGUCAAAACUUUGGUUCUAUGCACCCGGAAUGAAGAGAAACCAACUGAGCAAAAUCAUCUUUACGAACCGAUGAAGUUUCCUCUUGCUGUAGAAACAUGCAAAUGGUUUGAAGAUAGGGCCAGAGUUCGGGCAUCAAAUACUUGAUAUCAAUCGAGAAUGCUUAACAAAUUCUCUGUGGAAAAAAUAUUGAGAGACUCAAGUCUAGAAUUAUUUGGUGUCA